AUGUUGUUGCUCCUUCCUUCUCAUCCAGCAUCCAUGACCACACCACCCAACCCAAACAACGCAGCACGGACAAUACCGCGCGACGGGCGGCUGCUCGCGCUCAUCCUCGCGGCAAAGGGUAUCGGAGACGCGGACGAGCGCGUCAUUCAUCAACUGCUGGACUUUGCGCACCAAAUUGGUCAGCAGCAUGAUGAGUCUUUGGAACUGGACUGGGAUGCUGCUGGUGCCGGCCUUUCCGUCCUUGUCUUCUCUCUUCGCACUUCCCUCGUCCACUGCCAAUCAUCCACUGUCCCCCUGUUGAGAGGCUACACUGCGGAGGUGUUGCAAUCUGCACAGUCACUUGCCGACCACGCGGCGCGGACAGGCGCACAGAGCGCCCGCAUCGAAAAGGAAGAUGUCGAGCUUUCCAUUCAAAUGCGCCGGCGGUACGAGUUCCACGAGGCCCCGCCUAGGGAUUACCUCGCGACCCUCGCGCACGAGCUCAACUCUGUGCCCCUCCCACCGGUCCCCGAAUCCUUUGAAGUCGUCCGCCUCCCGCCUGCCAACCAGCGCAUGACAGAAGUCACCUUCGACCUCGUGCCCACUGACGCGGCCGCCGCGCUCAGCGACGACGACAUGCACGGCUCCGACUCGAGCGAGUCGGAGAGCGACGACGACGCAGAUGGCGAUGUGGAUGACGCCGGCGGCGAGGCUGAUGCCGACGCGGAUGGCGACGGAGACGGCGAGGACGAUGAGAUGGAGGAAGUCGGCGUGCCGGCUGAGCGUGAGGUGGACGAGGACUAUGACGCAUAA